GGGCGGUCACAUACAGACCACCAGGCAGAGGAACUACCAGCACUUUUGUGUGGAAAGAAAAACGAAAAAGUGACAACCAUGAAAAGCAUCCAGUCCUUGGUUGGCCUGCUUCUGGUCCUCGGCUUAGUCCAGAUCAGCUGGCAGCUUCCUCUCCUGGAAGCUGACUACAGCUCGAGCAAUCUGGCAGCAGAUGACACGCUAGCUGACGAGCCAAGAGAGCCGUUGGACAUGAAGAGGCACUCCGAGGGAACCUUUUCCAACGACUACAGCAAAUAUCUGGAGGACAGGAAGGCGCAGGACUUUGUUCGAUGGCUGGUGAACAACAAGAGGAGCGGUGCUGCAGACAAGCGCCACGCAGACGGGACCUUCACCAGUGACGUGAGCUCCUACCUCAAGGACCAGGCAAUCAAGGACUUUGUUGCCAAGCUCAAGUCUGGACAAGUCCGAAGAGAAUCCAAAAAGGACAGGCUGGGCGAAGCGUUCAGCAAGAGGCAUGUAGAUGGAAGCUUCACCAGUGAUGUGAACAAGGUGUUGGACUCCAUGGCAGCCAAGGAAUAUUUACUCUGGGUCAUGACCUCGAAGCCGUCGGGUGAAAGCAAGAAAAGGCAAGAGGACCAAUAAAGGUCUCCUCAGAGACUCCCUCUGUGCUGCACAGGACGCCGUUUUCAGGAGGAAUAGGAAGCCAUACUGCUUUGCGUGUUAUAAAUGUCACCGUGUUUAAAUGUUCUACUUCACCUUGAAUGUAAUGCAAAGAUACAAAAACUGCAACUCUUCCACAGGUUUCUGGUGCACAAAAGAAGAAUUGAAAUCAAGGGGAUUGUUAUUUUUUUUGUAAUUUUCUAUAUUUCUACAAGAACACAGGUUUGGUCUCAGGAAGUUCUUUUGGAAAGCACGUCUUUAGUUAUCAUUGCAUAUGAAUGAUCUGCUCUUUAAAAUGUUUUUUCAUUCACCUUUCGUCUUACUUUGUUGUACAGAGAUAUACAGCCUUAGUGAACGUAUAAAAUAGUUUGAAAUGUGUUUGAGGAACCAAGCUCAAGCUCAGAUGUAAAAUCAUUGCAGUGUCAGUUACCGGUGCAUCAAACGGAAAAUGUAUUUUAAUCAUUUCUGAAUUAAGGUUAAAAAGAAUUCAAGUGAUAAAACAAAGAAAAAGCACAUUUAUGCUAGAAAGUUUGGAUAAUACUUUAUCUUUUAGAUGAAAAAUUACCUAAACAGAUAAAUAAAUCUACACUUGUUUAUUUUUGCUCUCGCUUUGAGUCUGUAAUAUUUAAGUCUAAUUUAGAAGUCAAACGGUUGGGAACGCAUUUAAAACUUCAUCAAACACUUUGAGUACAGUCCUGAGUGAAAAAUACACCCUAAAACAAAAGGUUAAAUUGCACUGAAAUGAAAAGCUCAUUGCAGUUACAGUAAGUGACGAGAGAAAAGAACGUGACCUCUUAGAAAUAAGCUGCUUUUCUGCAUUAAUUUGCCAUAAAUUGUUAUACAAGUCAGAUUAAUAAACAAAUAUAAUGUAAAUCAGUUGUUAAAAGACAAUUAUUAGUUCUUGUGACAUUAUUGAACACACCCAUUAAAUAUUCACAGAAGAAACAGUAAGUAAACCUAUAG